UUGGGCCUGCUGGACAUGGGCUCGUGCCUGUUGGACCGCUUGUUGGACAUGGGCCUCGGUCGAUUCAAUGAAGUCGGGCCGCACCAGAGACCCAGACCACUAGAGGCGCUUGACGGAUUGGGGGAUCUGGUGGCUUUCCUCCGCUGCGCAGGCGCAGCGCAGGUAGACCAGACCGGCUGGCGUCGGGACGAGAUAUUAAUACGGAUUCUUCGAACUAGAAAAAACCCCAAAAUAUAUUAUGGUCUUGGUCUUCUCCUCCCACCCUCCGCAGGCGGCGAAGUAGAACAAGAAAAGGGUCCAAUAGAAAAUCCGGAGGAGUGGCGGCGACGGCGAGGCGGCUUUGCGGCGCAGGCGGAUACCUCAGCAGCAGGGAUUCACCGCCGAUUGUUGGGUCGCGUGCCCGGCCGGACGGGGGUCAAAAGGGGUGGAAAAAGCCGCGGGGAAUUUCCUUUUCUUCGCAACACAGCGCACGCAAGGAAUCCAGCGAGGAAGGGAAGGGAACGGAGCGAAUGGGGAGGAAGAGUUCAGAUUCCAGCUGAAGCCCAGGGCACGCACUCGCACACGCACGGGACGGAGAAGAGCCAAGAGAGCCGCAAGGCGACGGUGCUGGGUUUGAUGAGGAAGGCUGGAGCAAAAGAGGAUAUUGAGGGAUCUAUUGGAUUUGAACGUGCGGUUGAUGUGAAUCCAUCUCUUGUUUCUGCUGAAACAGAAGGAAGACUAUCUGAUUUGAUGAUACGAUUGUGCAGUUGUUCUGGAAGGUCUUCGGCACUUCGUACUCUUAGUAAGACAUAUAUUUCGAUGACCUGCAAAGGCUGUGGUGGUGAAUCAAUAGUGGACAGAGGCGGCCCAUCGUGUAGCAUCAAGCUUAACACCAUGGGCUUGGAGCUCCCAAGACCUAUUGAUCCUGAGGUGAACUGGAAUACUGUAAACAGAAGGCAAAGAGCUCCAAGGAGAGCAAGGACCACCUUCUCUGGAGAAGACAGAAUGACGGAUGAAAUUAAAUCUUUCUAUGGAUGUGUCGAUGCACCGAGUCGAGAAAUGGCACGGGAAGAUGCUCCGGUCUCUGACUCUGAGAAGCUCGGGGUAUCUAUUCUUGGUCGGCGCUUUAGUGAUUCCAUGGAAAAUGUUCCAAUUAAAAAGAGAAAAUUUCAUAUGGAUUGUUCUCCAUCACCUCCACCCACUCCACUGCUAGUGGAUCCUUAUGAAAAAAUACCGAGCAGAUCUUGUGGAGGCACGUCAUCAUAUGGUAAGCAUCGCAAGGUCAAAAUGCUAGGAGGCAAGCAAAUGGAGGAAAAGAAAGGGCCUUUUGACACCGCAGAUUUUUCUGGUAUAUCAAUACUGGCUGCUGUUGCCUGUGAAAGUGAGUUGGACGGUGCCAUACUAAAUGGUGAAUGCUCGAAAUCAGCCCACUCUCUUGAAGAAAGAAAGCCGGAAAAUAUCAUCGGUAGUUCAAGGUUGGGUCUCCUACAUGAAAUCAAGGAGGAUAAGUUAAAUAUUGCAGAUGCUUCACAUUGCAAAGUUGGGAGGCCUUUGAUAUCAUCUGAGACUGCUCCUGACAUGAAGCCUUUGUUCCCCAGUACGUUAAACAGCUCGGAAUCUGCUCCUGAUAUGAAGCCCACUUUGUUUCCAACAACAUUAAACAGCUUGGAGAAUGAUGCUGAAUCUGCAGCUGCUCUGAAGGCUAAUACAACGCCUAAUUCUUCCUUGAAAAAUGCAGACAAAACAGAUGAUGCUUCGGAUAAAUCUGCAGAUGUUAUCAUGUCAAAUAACUCAAGCAAUCCAGACAAAUUUGUAGGUUGCUUUGGAGAUACAGUUAUGCAUACCAAGCAUUCUGACGGUACUCAUGAUUCUAGGCUGCACUGGGAUCUUAACGUUCCGAUGGAGGUGUGGGACACUCAUUGUGGGGGUGAUGAUCAUCUUAGUAUGGUUGGCUCUGCACCAGUAACUUCUGAUGUAAGAGAAUGUAAUGAUGCUGAAAAGGAUAUGAACAACCCUCAGGACCUUUGUGACCCAAUAGUUGCUGGUGACAUACUUCAUCUUUCUGGUGACAAAAUUCAUGUGGUUGAAGUACCGAAAGAUGUUAAGACAAAGGAUCAAAGCGGCUUUCCAGCUGAUGGUUCAUUUCAUCCUUUGUGCAGCCAGUCUCCCCAACAUUUACAGCUAUUGGAUUCUGAAUCUCUAAAUGGGAAUGGUUCCUCUGUAGAAACAAAUGACUUACCUGAUCAGCAGAAGAGCAGUUAUGUUUCCAAAAUGGAAUUGCAUAUAGGAUCUAAUCCAGAUUUGAUUAAGGAACCUCUUUCUUUGACUGCAGAUGUGGAGAAACUUGAUGUGAAUCUUGAUGUUUCACAUGCCACAUCACUUGAUCGUAAAGGUUUGCCUCACUUGGUUUCUGCGGAUGGUCAUGGUGGAGGUAGUUUAAUCCAAACAGGUGAUCUGGGCUCCAGAGUGAAGCCCCCGGCAAGCAGAAUAGUUUCUGAGGAAAGCACAAAUAUUGCAACAGUAACAGUUUCCAAUAAAAGUUUUACUGAUGCUGGCUGGAGUGAUGAUAAACUUGGGCAAGUUUCGCUACAAAGCAUAGCUGAAUAUAAAAAUGAGGAACUUUUAGAUGUUGAUUCAGGAACUAGCAAAACUGAUCUGUCGGUCAAUGAUAAAGCUGAACAUUCCGCAGAUUUAUUGUGUGUUGCCAACAGAGCUCCAGAUGCAGACAAUGAUUUGAACCUCCCAGAUCAUCAUCCAGAGAAUAACCUGGGCACUUCUGAUUGCAAUAUGGCUAAUGUGCAUGAAGAGGAUGGUGUGGAUCCUCCGAUUAAUUGUAAAAACCAUUUAGUUACUUGUGCCAACAGUAGCAGUGCAGAACCAAAUUACAUCACCAGUGAUGCCCCUCAGGCUCUUGAUCUCAGUUCAGAAUGCACUAAACUAGCAGUUACUGACGUAGACAGUACUGUGGAUUCACGAUCUGCAGCACAAAGCUACCCAGAUGGCUACAAAAACGGACUUCAAAAGGUGUCAUCAAGCAAUCGCCUAGAGCAGUGCUACCAGACAGACACAUCUCAUGUUAGCAAAAAUCUUUCUGUGACUGGAAAAGUUGAUGUUGAGGAGGAUGAUUCUCAGUAUGAGGAUGGCGAACUUCGGGAAUCCGGUGACCGUUAUUGGGCGGAUGAUGGGUCUGAAGAAGUUAAAUGUGCCGAUUAUCAGGUAUCAGAUUACAAGGAUGAAGAAGCUACUCCUGACAUUCAUCCCGUACCUGCUGGCUCUGUUUUAAAGAAUCUGGGUAUUCCAACUGCUGAUUACGAUGGAACACUAUCCAGGAAGGAAGAUCGUGAUGUUUCACCAGUCUCAUCGAAGCGCUCGCGGUCAAGUAACUGCUUAGAUGGUGGAUCUGGAAUAAUAUGUGCUGCAAGCAUUGGUGAAGAAGCUCGUGAUGUUCAUCUGACUAUGAAAAGUGAGGCUCAAAUGUAUGAGAGCAACCCAGGUCAUGUAAUAGCUGAAUCUGCUGCCACUGUCAGCCAGUCUGAAAGGUGCAGUGAUGGUUUAGGUGAUGAUCCAUUAAAUAUCAGAACAAAGCCCACGGGAUGGGAUAUGUUGCCUGAAGAUCAGGAGCACUCUCAUCAUGAUUCAAGAGAUGGAGUUGAUUCUUCUAACCAGUGUGUUUUAGGCACAUUAGAUCCAGCUGAAGGUGGUGAAUCAUUUCGACGAAUGGGGUUAUCAAAAAGAGAUGUCCAGUCACAACUUGAUCGACCAAGAUCAUUUGAUAGAUCACACAGAAAUGAGCACUGCAGAUCUGAUGAUGGUUAUGGUUCAGGCUCCAAAGCUGAAAGGACCAUUGAUGCUCAUCGAUCACAUGGGAGGGGUGGAGCUUCACGUCAUGGUCAAACAAGCAGCCAAGUGGAACAAUGGGUGGAAAAUUCAAAUAAUUCUCGUUCUACCCAACGAGGAUCACCUGAUUAUUAUAAUUAUGGCCCGCCUGGUCCUAGAAAUGCUGCGGAAGCUGCUGUCGCAAAGAUGGAGAGCAAUGGCUUUGUUGUUGCACCUGAUGGCACUUUGGUAAGAGCUGUUGAUGCAGCAAAUGCAGGCACCAUGGCAAGAAGGAUGAAAAGCUCAAGUAGCUCAUACCUCCCUUUGUCUGGACGGGGCUCUCCAAUUGACAGAGAUGGAGGUUGUGUGUUGUCCAGGGGAUCUGCACAUGCUAGGGAAGCACCUUCAGAUCGACGCUUUGGUGCUAGCGGCAACCGGUCUGGUCGAUUUGGUCCUGAGGUGGGUAAAGAUGAUACUGCUGAUGGAAACAUCAGUUCAGUCCGUUGCUCACUGUCUAAUAGACAACAACGGAGGUUCCCACCACAUAGAGCCUCACUUAAACUUUCACGUGCUCAUAGCCAAUCUCCUUCUGGAUCAAGGUCUCGAUCCCCACAUGCUUGGACAUCACCUCGGAACAGAAGGGAUAUUAUGGAAAAUGGUGGGUCAAGUAUACGGAGGCACAGUAGGUCUCCUAAUUACAUGACUGAAGUUAGAAUUGGUAGAGUUACUUCACCCCGAAGACAACCUGGAUUCGGUGAUCGAGUUAUGCGAGACAGCUCUUCAUCAAGAAAUCGCACUUACACUCAACAUGAUUCCACAUGGGUUGAUGGAAGGAACUACCAGACAGCAGAUAUUUCUGAUAAUAAGAAACGAUAUUCACGGAGGAGCCCACCUCCGAGAAUUACCUCCAGAAAUGACAGGUUUGAUGUUAUGGAUUCCCAAGGACGGUCGAGAUCUGGAGAAUUCCACUGCCCGACACAUGAAAGACUUCCUUAUAGCUUCGAAAGGGGAAAUAAGCAUGAUGGGAAUGGUGAUAAUAAAAGAGAAUAUGAUAAUAGAUAUGAAACUGUCAAGCCAUAUGACCGGAAUGGUACUGUGAAGCAUUUCAGGAAUCAUACUGGAGAUAAACUUCAUCCUCGCAUUUCUGCACCCAGAUCGCCUGGACCACAAAGAAGAGGAAGCCCUCGGAGAUUUUGACGGCAACCUUGAGAGGAGCUGGGGCCUGAGGGCACACUUGUCUAACGGCCGUGGGGCUAAAGAAGAUAAUAAAAAUCCCUUAAGUUAUGAUUGAACUGGAAAGGACAUACUGCAAAUCCAUGAUGGAUUCAAUCACUACUAUUUGACAACGGCAUGGUGUUCAAGGCUUCAACAUCACAUAAGUGCUGAAAUCAUGCACCCUUGGAGUGAAAUUCAGAUUAACUUCACAAUUUUCAUGUUUUCCCUUGUAAAUAUUUAUAUUGGUAGUAGGGUCACAAUCACUUGUUCCAGCUUUAUGGCUGUUCUUUUUAUUCUAUAUUUUCUUACUUUUGUCACUAUGCAACCUUAAUUAGUGGCCAUUGUCCCAGUAUGAGGUUCAUUUAAACAUGAUCAAUCAAUUAAUUUUGGGCUGAAGCAUC